AUGUCUGCAUCACUCGCCCCAGAAUGCAAUGAAAUCAAAGAGCGCUACGAUACGUGCUUCUUGAAAUGGUAUAGCGAAAAGUAUCUUCGAGGUGCCGAAAAGGACAACAAAGAGUGUGAGCCUCUUUUUAAGCAGUAUCAGCAAUGUCUGGGUGUGGCGUUGAAGCAGCGCGGCAUUGACAAGCUGCUCGACGAGGCUCGGGAAGACAACAAAGAGAACGACGCACGACUGACGCAACCAAAGAGGUAG